AUGAAGGAUUUCCAACGCAGCAAUCGGACUAUAGGUCUUAGCUGGCGUUCUUCUAAAUGGUUCAUCCUCUCAACAAUUGCAAUUGCGUUAUUUUCGGAAACGUUCCUCUAUGGCUUCCUUGUACCUAUGCUGCCAUACAUGCUUCAAACGCGACUGCAUGUGAGUCAAGUCAAAAUCCAACAGUUGACGUCACUUGUGCUUGCCGUGCAUGGAAUUGUCUCGGUGGUGUCAGGUCCAAUCAUCGGCCAUUUCGCCGAUAAAUCCUCAAAUCGCAAGCUCCCGUUACUACUCUCGCUUAUCGCGUGUUUCAUCGGUACUGGCAUGGUCGCUGGCGCAGACUCGCUUGCUGUGCUCUUCAUCGGCCGUGUGAUGCAGGGGAUUGCUGGAUCCUCAGUCUGGAUCGUUGGCCUUGCGACCGUAGCUGACACCGUGGGCGGGGAUGAUAUGGGUAAGGUCGAGGGCAUAAUGAUGUCCUUUCUCUAUUUUGGACUGAUCGGCGGACCAUCCAUUUCUGGUCUACUCUUGGAGCACGUGGGCUAUUGGUCAACGUGGUGCUUGCCGUUCUUGCUCCUCAUUAUAGACUUUUGUGCACGUCUGGUCAUGGUCGAAAGUCGGCCCCUGCAUAUCCCUAGUGCAUCCAGUGACAGGCGAGAGUCGACAGGAUCGCUAACCUGUGACGCUGCCACCCCGUUCUGUACUUCAAGCCAGACCCUUCAAGCUGGUUCCACUGCAGGGAACUUCUGGUCUAUCAUCCUUACCGAUAGGAGGGCGCUGACUGCGUUGUUUGUGGUUGUAUCGACAACAACGGUUAGCACAAGUUUUCAUGCGACGCUCCCCAUUCACGUGCAGGAAACAUUCGGCUGGGGUAUUGGGGCGAGUGGCUUCUUGUUUGCUUGCCUGAAUAUCCCAACCCUCCUGGUCAGCCCAGUGGCUGGUUGGCUACGUGACCGGUUCGGGGUGCGCUAUCCUGCCACGGCAUCCGCGGCUUUCCAAGCAGUGAUGCUAGGGCUCUCCGGUCUUGCCGGUACCGAUUAUCUCCCUUGGACUAGUGUCCGGACCGGAGGCGGCGCGUUGUACACAGGUUGCAUGCUCGCCAUCGGUGUAGCCCGGCCAUUUACGAUGAAUGUGGGCCCCGUCGAGCUUUCCUCCAUUGUCAGAGGGUAUCAGGAGGAAUCACCUGGCAUAUUCGGACCCGAAGGGGGUAUGUCUCGUGUUUUCUCUCUUGAUGAUGUUGCUGCAUCUCUUGGGACUGUUCUGGGUCCAAUUAUCGGCGGGUUUCUCAAAGAAUAUGCCGGAUAUACCUCCAUGUGCUGGACGUGGAGUAAGUACUGUACCGGCCCUCCGAUGCAUCGACUGCCAUUUUAACUCGUUUCAGGUAUCUUAUACACUACCCUUGCAGUUCUCGUAAUGCAUUGCCUGGGCCAAAGAUGAGGACGGAAGAGAAAUAAAUGAGAAAGGCAUUGAAAAUAGUCGAGGCUACGAGUCUGCAACUCUAUACCUAGGAGUAGGCAGCUCUCUAUUGCUGUACGGUGGUCAAGGACGGCUGAACGAAUUCCGACGCCCAAGGGUGCCAAAAUCCUGUAAACAUUUCGUGUUCAGAAAUCAUUUCCAUGGCCAAACUUAACUCAAAGCGUUAGGACGGUCUUUGAUGUAACCUGCAUCGAGAUCAUUA